AUGAAUAACAACGAAAUGAAUAAAGAGGCCAUUCAACUGCUGAACGCCGCCAGCAGUGACAGCGACUCGGCAUCUGAUUUGCAAUUUUCAUUGGCCCCUCAGCCGACUGUGCAAGUUAGGCGAAAGAUUCGAACAAAAAGUAGGAAGCAAAGGCGAGGUGAGACUGGAAAUGGAUCUCAUUCUCCUUCGCUUUCCCAACUGUCUUGCUCCUAUUCCAAUGUGUUAAAAAUUGCCUGCAUAUCAUUUGCCGUAGGAGGCACUUUAGUCCUCGGUUGGAUAGUCAUGCUGCUUCACACAGAAGUACAACAACUCUCUGAGAAACUGGCCAGUGUUCCUGCCUCUUAUGAUGAUGAAACCAUUUUGGGGCUGAAGAGAACCAUUAAGGAGCUGACUUUGAAUCAGUCUUACCACUUUUACGUCCUUCAGAAUUAUUCGAGAGGUUUGGAGGACAUCCGUCAACAAAUGACGUCGAUGACGACUGACGUCAGCAACAUUAAAGACAGUCUAAAAGAGGCCCCUCAAAUGUUGAACAUUGGCAAAGAGCUUGAUUCGUUAAAGUCCUCUUUGGCCACUUAUGGUGCUACAAUAUCCGAUUUGAAGCUCGGACUGGCCGAUCUAAAAGAAUUGCCAACGGCAGUACUAGAAACCUUCAACUCGACGCUGCAGGGUCGACUGGACACAAUCUCCGAAGAUUUGCACCAUCAUCACGGAAUGAUUACCUCACUUCAAAAUACCACGGAACGUCUCUCUUCUCAAAUUCCGGCAGCUAAUGUUCCUCAAAGGAUGGAUGCUGUGCAGAAUGCCCUAGUGAAAUUGGAGGCUCAGCAAAUAAACACGACCUUAACUCUCAGUUACGCCAUGGAACUCAUCCAACAAAUAACUAACGGAUCCUUGGGAAGAACAAAAUGACCCCGGUGCACCCCACCUAUUUCGAAGAUAUGCCAUAAAAAUUUUUAAAAAAUUAGAUUUUAAUGAAAUUUAAACAUAAAUCGGUAGUUGCCAACUUGACAGACCUUUAUAUUAACUAGUCUUUUAAAAUAAUAGCUUUGUCUUUUUUGUCGCGCUCAAAAUACAGUUUCAUUUUUGUUUUUAAA